CAAUCCCACAGCGCCCGCGCUUUUUUCACAAUUACUGUUCCAAAUUCGCAGAGAAGCUAGACUGGAGAGGCAAGCAAGCAAAAGCAGAGACGCGAUAUGGCUCAAGCUGCGAGGCUCAACCUCCGAUUGCAGAAGGAGCUCAAGCUCCUCCUCACCGACCCUCCUCCGGGUGCUUCUUUCCCUCUCCUCUCUUCCUCUUCAUCCCUAACAACCAUCGACGCCCAAAUUAAAGGCCCAGAAGGAACUGUGUACGCCGAAGGUCUAUUCAAAAUUAAGAUUCAAGUACCCGAGAGGUACCCGUUUCAGCCUCCAAGCGUGACCUUUGCUACGCCGAUUUACCACCCGAAUAUCGACAACGGAGGCCGAAUUUGCCUCGACAUUCUCAAUCUUCCUCCGAAGGGGGCGUGGCAACCGUCAUUGAACAUUUCAACCGUGCUUACAAGCAUUGGAUUGUUAUUGAGUGAGCCCAAUCCUGAUGAUGGCCUGAUGUGUGAAGCGAGUAGGGAGUUUAAAUACAACAGACAAGCUUUUGACCAGAAAGCUCGAUCUAUGACUCAGAAAUAUGCUACUGGGAAUGUUUGUGACACUCAAUUUCACAGCAAUGCAAAUCCAAUCACAGUGCAGCUGGAGGUUGAAACAACAAAGCAUGAGCCAAAACAUGAAGCAGAUGAGUUUGUUGUAAGUGAUAAGAAGGUAAUUUGGGGUAGCAGGAAGUUGUCAUUGGAGGCUUCAGGCCAAACCAAGAAAAGGGAUGCUAAUGAGGAAGGGAAUCCAGUCCCUAAGGACCAGCUCUUUCUCUCUGAUUUUGGAAACCAGAUAGAAGAAGAAGGAACAGAAAAGGCAGUGAAAGAUACCCUUGAUAAAUGCAAUCAAAGUCAGGAGAAGAAGCUAUGUGGGAGCAGAAGGAAGUUAUCAUUAGAAUCCCUCGGCCAAUUCCAGAAGAAAAGUGAUAAUGAUAUGGAGAAUGAGGUGCCAUAUAAUCAUCGUUCAUCACUCAAACCACAAAGCCUUCCUGUGCCCUCUUCAGGAUCAUUGGUGCCACAAUCUGGAAACAGUCACAAGCAAGGGCUUCAUCAGAGUCAAGAAAGUAAAUUGGCAGAUGACAACAUAGGCAUGAGAUCAAAGAGGGUGCGUAAGUUUGGCAACAAUCUGUCGUUGGGUUCUUUGAACACAUCCAAAAUGAUUGAUGAAAACAUCGUUAUCCCUCAACUGUCGCCCUCUCGGUCCCAUUGCAAUGCUUUGUCUGAGCCCUUGCCAAUGGCGCCAGCCCUUGGCAGUGUCACCAAAUUGCAACCACAUAAAGAUUUGGUUGAUGGAAUUGGAAAUGGCUUCAUUGGUACAAGUUGCAAGAAGCUUUGGCUGGGGUUUAGAGGCUUAUCAGAGUCACAUGGAAAGGUUGACAAGGAGAAUGUGGCGCCACAGGUGACUGAGAAUUCUGAUGCAGUAUCAAAGAAUGGGGGUAUAAAUGUGAGUUAUACAAAAUGUGGGAUAGAUCAAUUGGAAGCGAAGAAUAGUGGAAACAUGCUUCCACUGUCCCAGAAGAGUGUCUCUUCAUAUCCAUCCAAGUCCGUUCCGAAGCAAGAACAAAACUUGAGGUGGGAUGAGAAGCAGCAAUCUAAACAAGGUUACAAUUGCGAAAUUACCAAAGUGAUUAAACAAAAGGAAUCAGAAGGACCAGCAAUAUCCGAGUCUGAGGCAGUAAUUGUGUUGGAUAGUGAAAGUAGUGAUGAGGAAAGGCGAAUACCUCCGAGGUCUAAAUCACUGCUAGCAAGAAAGCGCAUGGGAAAGUGGAGAAUAAGAAGCUGAAAGUCAUUACACCCCAAUUCAGAUUAAGCUCUUUGAUUGUGGUUCCCUUACCAACUUUGUGCUCUUUAUUCUGUCUAUGUAUGUUUGUUUGAUAAAAAUAUUGAACCACCAAAAUGAAAGAUCUUGUUGGUUUCAUAAUGGGCCAAUUGCUAAAGUAAUAUUUUGGGCCUUUUUUUGU